AUGGCUUCUGAUUCAGGAUCAGACCACAAUGGAGGCGAAAAUGUGCGCAUCACCGUCGAUAGUAUUAUGGAAGCGAUAGGAGCCCUGAAAGAAUGUAGCGGCUCCUCCCUGACUUCUCUCAAGAAAUACUUCGCGUCUAACUCACAGACGCAUGCACCGGCUAGUGAACUGAGCACUCAGAUCAAGAAGGCACUUGCCAGAGGAUUACGAGAAGGGAAAAUCCAAAAGGCGGGCAAGUCGCGGUUCACUCUGGGCGUAGAUGACGACGAAGGGAGCAAGAAGAGCCGUCGCCGAAGAGUGCUGAAUGACGACGACGACGAUCGCCCUCAUCGCAGACGACGCAGCAGACGCCGAGGAGGUCGAAGACGACGCAGCAGACGUCGUGGUCGAGGUCGCAGACGACGCAGCCGACGACGAGGCCGAGGCCGAAGGCGACGCAGCCGAAGACGCGUCAAAGGCAGAAGACGACGCAGUAGACGUCGUGGCAAAGGUCGCAAACGCCGAAGACGUUAA